AUAUUUAUAUGAAGAAGAGACAUGUGAGGCAGAGACAGGGUGGUAAGGAUUGUUAUAUGUACAUACGAAGAAGAGAAUUGUGAGGUUACCUGUAUUGUUAAUAUCUGUAAGAACAAUUACAUGUAAUAAAAGAAACCUUUAAAACUAAAAAUCUUAUCUGUACAUGUGAGUAGGAGGCAGCAAUCAAUAGAAAUCAGUUUUACUUACUACAAAGGUUCAUCCCCGUUGGCAUUAAUGUGUUUAACAAAAUGACAGCCUCUUGGCACCCUGUGAAAUAUGAAGUUUAAUAAAUACAACAGAGAGGGUUAAAAAAAGUUAAUGUGCUGAAUAUAAGGGAGGAGAAGCAUAUCCAGUGAGAAAAAUAACUUCCUGUCUCUUGUGACAAUUCACAUUUCACUGAAUAUGCCACUUAGAUUAAUGUAUGAAUUGUACACUUUUUAUUGCAGUGGCCUGUGUGUGUUUAGUUAAUCAGGGCUGCUUUUUACUUUAGUGUGUGUGGCUCUAAACUUGUGUUUGUAAUUGUUCUGUGUUUUUUCGCCUAUUUUUCUGUUCCCAGGCUGUCACACCUUUUGUUAAACUGUCACUCUCUUGUGUGUCACUCUAUCAUUCUCUUCCCUCUCACAUUUUCCUAUCCCCUUCUUUUCUAUUUUUCUGUUUUCCACUGCUCUCCCUCCUCUCUCACUCAUGCACUUUGUGCAGAGUUGGGGUCCAAAGUUCAGUAACUUGUGAAGCAGUGAAAUAAAUAUGAACCUUAGAGGAUUUACUCUGCUGUAAUGUAAACAGAGAGGACAAGGAUCCCUUAUCUACUAUGUCUCAGAGAAUCCAGACCGGGGGGUGACCCAGCUUGCAGGUUGUGGUCGCAGAAGGUGUUUUUUUGGGGGGGAGGAGGAGACAACAGGUGGGUAGAGCAUGGACUCCCGCCCGCUGAUUCCUGUUACAGCUGCAGGAUGGUGAAGCCAUAGAUGAUAGCUGUGAGGAUGGCGUCCCAGCUCAGUUAUUUGCAGCGUGAACUCCUGAAGGCUCUACUUGAGUCUGGGGUCACAAAAGAAACUUUGACAAAGGCAUUGACUGAUGGAGAUGACUACACAUACCAUAGGGACCCAUUGGAUAACAUGAGUACCUUGGAAGAGGGAGGUCAUUGUGUACCAUUGCCUAAUGGAUUAGGGGAGCCCCACAUUUCUGGGGAUGACAGUUCGGAUGAUGGAGGGGAAUUUACACCUCCUAUAAUGAAGGAGCUAGAGAGGCUGAGCCCAGAGGAAGCUGCUCACCAGAAAGCUGUGGUAGAGCGUCUGCUGCAGGAAGAUCCCUGGCAUGUAGCCAAGCUGGUGAAAUCGUAUCUUCAACAGCACAACAUUCCACAGCGGGAAGUUGUUGACUCCACUGGGCUUAACCAAUCUCACCUCUCUCAACACCUUAACAAGGGCACACCCAUGAAGACCCAAAAACGAGCAGCUCUCUACGCUUGGUAUGUGGGCAAGCAAAGAGACAUUGCUAAACAGUUCACACAUGCAGGGCAAGGUAUGCUGUCUGAUGACCUAUCCUGUGAAGAGACACCAUGCAAAAAGAUGAGAAGGAACCGCUUUAAAUGGGGUCCUGCUUCACAGCACAUCUUAUUCCAGGCCUAUGAGAGGCAGAAGAAUCCUAGCAAGGAGGAGCGUGAAGCCCUGGUAGAGGAAUGCAACAGAGCUGAGUGUUUGCAGAGGGGAGUUUCCCCAUCACAGGCUCAGGGGUUGGGCUCCAAUUUGGUAACAGAAGUGCGGGUCUAUAACUGGUUUGCUAACAGGCGUAAGGAGGAGGCAUUUCGACACAAACUGGCAAUGGACACAUAUAGUGGUCAGCAGAGCUCAGCACCUUCUCUCCAACAGCAUGAUCUUCCCAGUGUCAAAGGGCAUGGGAGCCAGUACACACAGGACAACUCAAAUGAGAGAGGUGCUUCCAUGUUGACAAGUCAGAGCGGCAUAACAUCACCUGGUCUGGAGCCAAGCCACAGUCUAAUGAACAGUGACAGCAAGUUGGUCACUGCAGGUGGUUCCCUUCCCCCAGUCAGCACACUGACUGCUCUACACAGCCUGGACCAUGGGCAGCACCAACUAAGCCAGACACAGAACCUGAUCAUGGCAUCCCUCCCCAGUGUUAUGACUAUUGGCACAGAAGCAGCACUUGGACCAGCGUUCAGCAGUGGUGGCUCUUCCACUCUGGUGAUUGGUCUCACAUCACAAGCUCAAAGUGUUCCAGUAAUUAACACUGUUGGGAGCAGUCUGACAACCCUUCAGCCUGUACAGUUCUCCCAGCAGCUACAUCCUACACAUCAGCAGCCAAUUGUGCAGCAGGUCCAGGGUCACAUGGCACAAAGCCCUUUCAUGGCUGCCAUGGCACAGCUACAGAAUCAACAUGCUCUCUACAGUCAUAAGCCAGAGGUUGCUCAGUAUGCUUCUGCUGGGUUCUUUCCACAGACCAUGGUCAUUACAGACACUACAAACCUUGGAACACUGACAAGCCUGACACCUAGCAAACAGGUAUCUGCUGAUAUUGAGUGGAAUCCAUGUGACCCUCAACUUUAACAAGAUUCCCCGUACCGGCACUGGCCACACAGCCCCACAGCCCCACAGCAUGAUGGAAAAUCCACCAAAUUUUACUAUGGCUAGCAAGUCUUUGUCUUGGAAUGCUGUGUUCUUUUGCUGCCAUGCAUAAUGCCCCUUGUUAUGACCAAAUAGCUCAAUCUUUGUUUCAUCAGUCCACAGCACCUUCUUCCAAAAUGAAGCUGGCUUGUCCAAAUGUGUGGUUGCAUACCUCAAGCGACUAUGUUUGUGGCGUGUGUACAGAAAAGGCUUCUUCCGCAUCACUCUCCCAUACAGCUUCUCCUUGUGCAAAGUGCGCUGAAUUGUUGAACGGUGCACAGUGACACUAUCUACAGCAAGAUGAUGUUGUAAGCCUUUGGAGGUGGUCUGUGGGCAGUUUUUGACCGUUCUCGCCAUCCUUUGCCUUUGCCUCUCCGAUAUUUUACUUGGACUGUCACUUCUGGCCUUAACAAGAACUGUGCCUGUGGUCUUCCAUUUCCUCACUAUGUUCCUCACAGUGGAUACUGGCAACUUAAAUCUUAGCAAUAGCUUUUUGUAGCCUUCCCCUAAACCAUAAUGUUGAACAAUCUUUGUUUUCAGGUCAUUUGAGAGUUGUUUUGAGGCCUCCAUGUUGUCACUCUUCAGAGGAGAGUCAAA